AUGUCUCGAGAGGGUGCAGGAAGGGUCAAGAACAGGGCUCCGGCCGCUGUCCAGAUCACGGCCGAGCAACUCCUCCGCGAAGCUGCUGACUUCCAGGAGAAGGCCGCGCCGAAGCCGAAGCAGCGCAUCGAGGACUUCGAGGAGUUGCACGAGUACCGGGCGAGGAAGCGGCAAGAGUUUGAGGAGGUCAUCCGGCGGACACGGAGCAACAUCCAGGCGUGGAUCAAGUAUGCGAACUGGGAGGCGAGCCAGAACGAGUUCCCGAGGUCCCGAUCCGUCUUCGAGCGCGCUCUCGAUGUCGAACCCGCCAGCAUCCGGUUGUGGCUCGCUUACACGGAGAUGGAACUGAAAGCGCGCAACAUCGCCCACGCCCGCAACCUCUUCGAUCGCGCCGUCACGCUCCUCCCUCGCAUUGACCAAAUCUGGUACAAAUACGUCUUCCUCGAGGAGCUACUCGGCAACGUCGCUGGUGCGCGACAAGUCUUCGAGCGGUGGAUGGCAUGGGAGCCGGACGAGAAGGCGUGGAGCGCGUACAUCAAGAUGGAGGUGCGGUACAGCGAGCUUGAUCGCGCGAGCAAGAUCUACGAGCGCAUGAUUAACUGCCACCCGGAGCCCAAGAACUUCGUCAAGUGGGCCAAGUUUGAGGAGGAGCGCGGCAACGUCGACCGCGCCCGCGAGAUCUACCAGAUGGGCUUCGAGUUCUACGGCCAGGACGAGGAGGGCAUCGACAAGUCCCAGUCGCUGUACUCGGCGUUCGCCAAGAUGGAGGUUCGCCACAAGGAGUACGACCGCGCGCGCGUGAUCUACAAGUUCGCCCUCGACCGUCUCCCGCGCUCCCGCUCGACUCAGCUCUACGCCGCCUACUCCAACUUUGAGAAACAACACGGCACGCGCUCUGGCAUCGAAGUGACGGUCCUCGGCAAGCGCCGGCUGCAGUACGAAGAAGAGUUGACGCACGAGGCGCGCAACUACGACGUCUGGUUCGACUAUGCCCGGCUCGAGGAGGACGCGUAUCGCGGUGAUAGCGCGAGCGAGGAUGCGCUCAAGCGUGUCAGGGAGGUGUAUGAGCGCGCGGUGGCGCAGGUUCCGCCGAGUGAGGAGAAGCGGCACUGGAGGAGGUACAUCUUCCUCUGGCUCAACUACGCCUUGUUCGAGGAACUCGAGACCAAGGACAUCCAACGCGCGCGCGAGAUCUACCGCGCCUGUCUCAAGCUCGUCCCGCACAAAAAGUUCACGUUCGCCAAGGUCUGGAUCCAGUUUGCCGAGUUUGAGAUCAGGCAGCAGGAGUUGGACGCGGCGAGGAAGGUUAUGGGGAUGGCGAUUGGGAUGUGUCCGAAGGAGAAGCUCUUCAAGGAGUACAUCGAGCUCGAGCUGAGGCUGCGCGAGUUUGAUCGGUGCCGGAUACUCUACCAGAAGUGGCUCGAGUACGACCCCUCGAACGCGACGGCCUGGAUCAAGUUCACCGAGCUCGAGUCCCUGCUCCAAGACCACGACCGCGUCCGAGCAAUCUACGAGCUCGCGAUCGCCCAACCGACACUCGACAUGCCCGAGCUCGUGUGGAAGUCCUGGAUCGAUUUCGAGUACGACGAGGAGGAGUACGAACGCGCGCGCGGGCUGUACGAGAGGUUGUUGAGGAGGACGAGUCAUGUCAAGGUUUGGGUGUCGUUUGCGCAGUUUGAGGCGAAUGUGGGACUGGCGGAGGCUGCGGCGCUUUCGGGCGAGAAUGACGAGGAGGAUGAGGAGGAGGAUGGGGAGAAGGAGAAGGAGCCGGUGGAGGUGGACCAGGAGGCGGUCGAGGCGGCUAAGCAGGCUGGGCUCGAGCGCGCGAGGAAGGUCUUUGAGCGCGGGUACGCAGACCUCAAGCAAAAGAGUCUCAAGGAGGAGCGCGUCGUGCUCCUCGAGGCGUGGAAGGCGCUCGAGCAGGCGCACGGGGACAAGCAGAGUCUCGCAAAGGUCGAGGGAAUGAUGCCCCGCGUCGUCAAGAAGAUGCGCAAGGUCGAGGGCGACUCGGGCAUGAUGGAGGAGUACUACGACAUGAUCUUUGCGGACGACGAGCAAGCGCAGAGUGCGGCGUCGCUCAAGUUCCUCCAACUCGCGGCCGAGUGGAAGCGCAAGCAGGCGCUGCUCGAGCAGGAGAAGGAGAGGGAGGCGGAGGCGGAGGCCAGCGAGGGAGUCGAGCCUGUUGCGGUGCAGGCCCAGGAGGACGAGGACGACGAGGAGUAG